AUGAGCUUGGAUCGCCAGAAUGCCGUUCGGAAAGAGGAGCUGGAGGAGGCAGCCAAGCCUAGCUUGCAGAAUCUGUCACAAUUCUCCUCUAACACAGUCAAGGAGGUGGUUGGUAGUCCGCCCCCGUCAUUUUUAGAUCGAACAAAAACCAAACUUUCUGAGCCAGUGGUGGCUGCUUUUAUGGCUGGUGGAGUAGCUGGCGCAGUUUCCAGGACGAUAGUUUCGCCACUCGAACGAUUGAAGAUCCUUCUCCAGAUUCAAAGCGUCGGUCGAACCGAAUAUAGAUUGUCAAUUUGGAAGGCACUGGUGAAGAUGGGUCGAGAAGAAGGCUGGCGGGGCUUCAUGCGAGGAAAUGGAACGAACUGCAUUCGUAUCAUUCCAUACUCCGCAGUACAAUUUGGAAGCUAUAACUUUUACAAGCAGUUUGCAGAAACCCCCGAUGGUGAUAUGAGUGCAAUGCGGCGCCUUGUCUGUGGAGGCGCUGCAGGCAUUACCUCGGUAACUGUUACAUAUCCUCUGGACAUUGUUCGAACUCGGCUUUCCAUCCAGUCUGCCUCAUUUGCCGAUCUGGGAACGCGAGACCCGGCACAGAAACUACCUGGUAUGUUCACCACAAUGGUCAUGAUAUAUAAGAACGAAGGUGGACCCAAGGCUUUAUAUCGCGGAAUCACCCCUACAGUCGCAGGAGUGGCCCCCUAUGUGGGACUCAACUUCAUGACGUACGAAUCUGUGCGCAUGUAUCUGACUCCCGAGGGCGAUAAAAAUCCUAGCUCCGCUCGCAAGUUACUGGCUGGUGCGAUUUCGGGAGCAGUUGCCCAAACGUGCACCUAUCCUUUCGAUGUACUACGUCGACGGUUCCAGAUCAAUACAAUGUCAGGAAUGGGUUAUCAAUACACCUCGAUCUGGGAUGCUGUGAGGAUCAUUGUGGCUGAAGAAGGGUUACGUGGACUCUUCAAGGGGAUAGGGCCAAAUCUUCUGAAGGUGGCACCUAGUAUCGACCUGGACCGCCACCAUGUGCGGAGCAGCCACCGCAAGGCUCCCAAGAGUGACAACGUCUACUUGCAAGUUCUGGUGAAGCUUUACCGCUUCUUGGCUCGCCGCACCGAGUCCAACUUCAACAAGGCCGUUCUUCGUCGCCUGUUCAUGUCCAGAAUUAACCGCCCCCCGGUUUCUCUCUCCCGCGCCGUCGCCAACAUCGGCGAGGCCCACAAGGGCAAGACCGUCGUCGUUAUCGGUACCGUCACCGAUGACAACCGCCUUCUGAACGUCCCCAAGCUGUCGAUUGCUGCCCUCCGUUUCACCGCUACCGCUCGCGCUCGCAUUGAGAAGGCCGGUGGUGAGACCCUGACUCUGGAUCAGCUUGCUCUCCGUGCUCCUACCGGUGCCAACACCCUUCUCCUCCGCGGCCCUAAGAACGCCCGUGAGGCCGUGAAGCACUUCGGCUUCGGUCCCCACACUGACAAGAAGCCCUACGUUGCCAGCAAGGGCCGCAAGUUCGAGCGUGCCCGUGGUCGCAGAAGGUCCAAGGGUUUCAAGGUCUAA